ACCGACUGUUUCUUACAUAAGUAUUGGCUGCGGAAUAUUUCAUUCCCCUAUAUUACCAACCCGAUCUCCUCAAAUCCCACACACGACAAUAUUCAGAAUGGCUGUCACAGAGAUCGGCUGCAUGGGCGUGAAGCCCAACAUCAACAUCAUGGACCCCAGCACGCGCGAGGGCCGGAUCAUGACCGGAGCGUAUGAGGCCGUCGUUUCCAAACCCGGAGGACCGCAGCAAGUCUACUGGGGCCUUGAGAUCGAGAAUCCGUUGUCAGUCUGGGCUUUCUUUGACUGGGAUUCGGUCGAGGAGCACGAGGUGUUCGCCAAAGCGUUCGGCGGCGAAGCGGUGAAGGAGCUUCCGACCAUCUUAACGCAUGGCGAGUUCACGAAGCACAUCACCAUGGAAAAAACGGAGCCUCUGGUCCUCCAGUCUCCUGUGACGGAAGUUAUGCUCGCUUACUUUCCCUCGGCUAUCUCGCCAGCUGGGAAAGACAAAGCUGCCGCACAGCUUCAAAAGUUUGUAGAGAAGAGUCUUGAAAAUUGCUCCGAUGUCAUGGCAGUGAGCUACGGCUGGGGCGUGGAGAACGACUUUCCUGUGAGAGGAGGAGAGCUAGGACAGUUGGGGUCUCUUUUAACAGCGUUCACCGGCUGGCCUAGCAUUGACGCGCACAGGAAGUUUCGGGAGACGGAGGCUUUUAAGGAGAGUGUGGAUUUGAUUAGGGAUAUGGAGGAGAUUGUCAAGUUGGCGAUGUUCCACGUUCGUUGCCAGAGCCUUGGAAAGGAAACAAAAUAGGGAAGACUACGAAGUUUGCGAGGAAGCGGAGACCAGGCCGUCUAGCGCACAUUAAGUAGAGCGAAUUCCAAGAUGCGGAAAGUUAACUAUUCAUUCUAUCUAGACCUUUAUCCACUAUCUGCUUACUGUUCCUGGG